AUGCACUUGCCAUGGCUCACCGCGGGCCUUAUGGCUGUUGCCUUCUUGACUGAAGGAGCCUCAGCGAGGUCGCGGACCGGGCUGAGACUUCCCUCCAGCCCUACCUACAGCAGCUUCGAAACUUGCCCAGAGCGUUGCAGUGUCUCUGGUCCCAAUAUUGGGAACUGGUCGGUCUAUCCCGACUUCAAGCACAUGCAAAAAUGCAAGCAGACCAUGUUCUACCGCUUCUCUCUCUUCGACCCCGUUGACGACAAGGCGGCUAAUCAUCGCAUCCAUGCCUGUUCGUCAUAUGGUCCUGAUUUCUCCAAGCUGCCUGCAUCGGCCGCUCGCAUUCCAUCAUCAGAGUCAGUCGACGUCGACUUUAAAAUUGGAUGGUGGCAAGAGGGUUUUGGUCAAGCCACCGCCGGCCUUCGCUCUCUGAUCAAACAGAUGCGCAACUAUGUUGAUCAUGGGCAUGGCGAGACUGAUGGACCCUUCAUCAUGUUUGGUCAGUCUGGACAAGCCACAGUUGGACUCUACAUUGGCCAAGGUCUGCUGAACCAAGGCAUCGGCGAAUCGGCCCUCAAGAAUCUCCACGAUACCUUGCCUACUCUCAACGUCUCAACACCAAGCCUGGCCAUGCAACUUUGCGAGCCAGGCUACGACAGCACUCACAUCUUUGGAUUGAUGCUCUUGAGUAAUGGUUCCUUCGGACCGAUUCAGGACGCCUUGAAGACGUGGGAUAAUGCUACUUGCCUUUCCUUCGAGGAUUCCAUCAGCGUUGGUGGCCAAGUCAAAUUUACCACGCCUCUUCUGCCCUCGAAUGGCACGAUUCCCACGAAUGGCACCACCAAUUCGACAAUAGCCAAGCGUGUUCACGGCACUGCCCACAGCCGGCUCCAUGCCCGCGCAGAAUGCAGAACUGUGCAGGUCGAAUCCGGCGACAGCUGCGCGGCGCUGGCCACAAAGUGUGGCAUCACGGCCGCUGAGUUCACCAAGAUCAACUCGGCAUCAGAUUUCUGUGCUACUCUGAGACCGAAGCAGCACGUCUGCUGCUCCACCGGCGACAUGCCUGACUUCAGCCCGGACAAGAACUCGGACGGCUCAUGCUACUCGUACCAGGUGAAGGCGAACGAUAACUGCGACGAUCUUGCUGCCGAGUACAGUCUCACGAGACAGAAGCUCGAGGACUUUAACAAGAAGACUUGGGGCUGGAACGGCUGUCAGCUGCUCUUCACGGAUACAAUCAUGUGUCUCAGUGAUGGGACGCCGCCGUUCCCCGCUGAGAUUGCUAACGCAAACUGUGGUCCUCAGAAACCUGGUACGACGCCGCCGACUGAUGGGUCGGAUAUUGCUAAGCUCAAUCCCUGCCCUUUGAACGCCUGCUGUAACAUCUGGGGCCAGUGCGGUAUCACCAAGGACUUCUGCAUCGACACCAACACGGGAGCCCCUGGAACUGCUGAGCCGGGCACCUAUGGCUGCAUUUCCAACUGCGGUACCGACGUGGUCAAAGGCGAUGGCACAGGCAGUAUCAGGAUCGGUUACUUCGAAGGCUAUGGCCUGGGACGUGAGUGUCUCUACCAGGAUGCUAUGCAGAUCGACUCGUCAGCGUACACACACAUCCACUUUGCCUUUGGCACCUUAACAGCCGACUUUGAGGUAGAGGUUGGCGACAUACUGUCCUCGUACCAGUUCACACAGUUCAAGCGCAUCAAUGGACCCAAGAAGAUCUUGUCCUUUGGUGGCUGGGACUUUUCGACCUUCCCUGACACUUACUGGAUCUUCCGUGAGGCCGUAACGCCGGCCAACCGCCUCAAAGUUGCAACGAACAUUGCCAACUACAUCAAGAAACACAACCUCGACGGCGUCGAUAUCGACUGGGAAUACCCCGGUGCGCCUGAUCUUCCCGGCAUCCCGCCCGCCAGCGAAGAUGAUGGCCCCAACUACCUGGCCUUCCUCGUGCUGCUGAAGAACCUCUUACCUGGUAAGACCGUCUCCAUCGCGGCGCCCUCGUCGUACUGGUACCUGAAGCAGUACCCCAUCAACGCCAUCGGCAAGGUCAUUGACUAUAUCGUCUACAUGACGUAUGAUCUUCACGGCCAAUGGGAUGCCAACAACGCAAACUCGCAGGAAGGGUGCGACACGGGCAACUGCCUACGCAGCCAGGUAAACUUGACGGAGACCAAGCAAUCUCUAGCCAUGAUCACCAAAGCCGGCGUGCCGGGCAAGAAGGUUGUCGUCGGCGUUACCAGCUACGGACGAUCCUUUAAAAUGGCGGACCCGAGCUGUUGGGGCCCGGACUGCCUAUACACCGGCGACCGGCUCAACUCGGAGGCGGCCAAGGGCGUCUGCACGGGAACAGCGGGCUACAUCGCCGACGCCGAGAUUGCCGAGAUCAUGAGCGACAGGCGCCGCGCCGGCCGUGUGGUGACGAGCUUCCUCGAUGCCAGCAGUAACAGCGACGUGCUCGUCUACGACGACGGCGAGUACGUCGCCUACAUGAGCGCCAGCACCAAGAAGACACGCGCGGCGCUCUACACUGCCUGGGGCAUGGGCGGCACCACGGACUGGGCGACAGACUUGCAGAAAUACCACGACGUGCCCGCACCCGCGAAGGACUGGGCGCAGUUCAAGCAGCUCGCCAUCAGCGGGCAGGAUCCCAAGUCGGACUACACCCGUAACGGCAAUUGGACCGAUUACGACUGCACGAACAUUUACGCAAUGGACCAGCUUCACCGGGAUGUCGAGGAGCUCUGGCAGGGUCUCAACGCGGACGCGGCAUGGGAGGACGUUGUGAGGAUCUGGAAAGAGACGGAUCAACCCUAUAAUGACACCAGUUUCCUCGCUUCUGUGCAUGCAACACUCAUGAUUGAGGCCGGCGCGGACGACUGCGGCGGCGUCCUGGGUAGUGACUGCAGUACAGACGGAUGCUCCAAGAGUAUGGACGGACAGUACUCGGGCCCAGCGGCGCAGCUGAUUUGGAACUCGAUCAUCACGAUCCGGAAAAUCCACGCCACAUACUAUGACGCUCUAUAUAAGGCCUCUGUAGGCCUCGUUGCCGCGCUCAAGGAUAUGGAGAACACUUUUGCGCCGAUUCCUCCUGAGGAGGACAAUACCUGGCUCCUCCUCAUCAUCGAUCUCGUCACUCUGGGAACACUCUCUGCCGCAGGGCCCUUCUUCAACACGUUUCUCAAGUCUCUGCCGAAGUUUGCCAAGUCCCUAGACAACCUCAAGGACACCAGCAUGACUCUGAUUGGCCAAAGCACAACCAUUGCCAAAGACCUGCUGCCAGACGCGGACGGAUCAGACUGGACACCUAAAGAUCAGGACAAGUUCUCCAACUACAUGGGCCAAGUCAUUGACGGCUGGGCUGCAGUUACGUCCCUCGCCCUCACCAAAAUCUUUGACGGCUCUUCCGAGUCGGUCAGCCUCAUUGGCAAGGCCAUCGCCAAUGGUAACCUGUAUCCCAAAUCGGUCAACGGGACUGUGGACGCCACUACGCUGUUGUCGAACAUUCAAAAGUCCUAUUUCGCCUAUGCCAUCCCCGCACUCUGGCAUGCCUCGAGCGCGUGGGCGUUCGUCAUUGACUCGGGCUACGGCUGCGACGCAUCGAACCCGCUGGAUGACUACCUCUCGGACGAGACCAUGAAGGCUACGGGCGCGUGCUACAAUGGGAAGCUGUACUACCUCGCCAGCCCGGACGGCGACGCCUACGAAUGCUCCGAGGGCGGGUGCGUGGACCAGAAGUUUUCGGCGCCCAAGGGUGUCGGCAAACUGGGCGACAGCUUUGGCGACGUCACGAAGGAGGACCUGAUCAAGGGCGCGGUGCGUACCUAUCUGGCUAAUGGCGGCAAAAACGGUGGCGGCUUCGCCAACGUAGAUGACGAGGGCGUGCAGGACGACCUGCUGGACGUGGACGUCACGACGCCGGGCUUCAUCCGCAUCCCCGUCUGCAGCGCCGAGCGCGCGUUCCAGAGAUGGGAGUCAGCGACGAGGGACGAGACAAAGGGCUCCACCGAGAACUACCCGUGCGACGUGCCGCCGGGCAAGGACUACUGCGGCUUGUCGUCGUUUGAGGACCAGACGAGCGGUGCGUCGCCGAGCGCGAGCGAUUGUCGGCAAAUUAUCAAGAACAUUGAGGGCGACGGGGGUACCGACUGGACGACUCAGGUCGUGGGGAAGAACCAGCGCGAGAUUGCCAAAUUUGGCGGGUGUUCUUUUGGUGUUGAGGCGACCAAGGUUGAUGGCAACGUCGAGUUCUACGUCGGUGGGCAGGAUGUGAUUGAUAUCAUAAACACUGCUAUUGAGAAAUUUGAGAAUAGUGACGGAAAGGUGGGAGCCAAGGGAGACAUGGACUGUAACGGGAACAGUCACCAACAGGCGGUGAAAUGGGGCAUUUACUAA